UUGCCCCAAUUAAACUAUAAAGAAGGAAGUGAAAAGUGGUUGUAGGUGAUUUCGAGGGUCCUUUCUGACUUUUUGAGGAGUUUUUUGGAGGGUUUUCCGAAUUCAGGGCAGUCUUCGAGGUCGAAGGUGUGUGCUUUGGGGGUUACUUGGAUUUUGAAGAUAUCGCUAAAGGCACUGUUACGAAUGAACAAGUUAUCCGGAAGUUUAGAGUCAAGGAUUUUCUGGUCUUCAAAUACACUUGAUUUCAACAGGUAUUUUAUAUUCAUGAUAUAAGAAGGAGUUGUACUUUCAAAUAUAUCCUUAGCUUUAAGCAGGUGCUCAACUCCUUCUUUAUAUUUAUCGUAAGCUGCCUUUUCUCUAUUGACAAAUUUUUUCAUGAAAUUAAAUUGCUUUUUAUUUGGAUUUAGUGACGACACAACUUCAUCAAUUGGAGUAAUAUUGUUAUUUUCCUUAAAUUCCGGUACCUGAUAUUUGGACAAUUUUGACAAUUUAGAAUAUAAUCUUUUAGAGGAGAUUGUUCAAAGUAUCCCCAGUAUUUACUAUUUUAAACCAGGAAAAGGAUGGCAUAUCAAUGCUUCAAAUGUAGCGUCAAGGAAUGCCCUAUGUGUUUUAAUAUCUUCUGAUGUAGUUCUCUCAAAUUCUUCUAAAAGAGUAGUCUUAUAUUUUUGCUUUGGCUGCAUUGUUUCUCCAUCAAUGAACUUAUCGCAGAAGCUAUCUUUCUGCUUCUGAUAUUGCUCAAUAAAUGAAACUGGUUCUUUACCCAUAAUCUCAAGUUUAUCAGUCCUGUAAGAAAUCAACAAGUUUUGAAGUCUAAAGUUUUCCUUCUCCAGCUGAGUCACCUUCAUCUCCAGUUUCUGGACAUAGUGUUUCCUUCUAUCCCUGGCUUUCUUAGACCUCUUCCUGCCACUUUCCUUCCUAAUAAUUUCUUUAUCUGGCUGCUUCAACGACAACUCCUUGUCUGUUGCCUCGAACAUGGAAUCACCUUUGCUAGAUUGUUCAUUAUAGCUCGUAUUUUCUCUUUUGGUAGUCAUAUCCUGGCUUUUGAGGUUCCAAGAGUCUACCAAUAUCUCUGAACUUGUGUGGGCUUUUUCC